CUGAACAUUGAUGUAAUACAAAAUUUAUAAAAUUGAUUUAAUUGUAAACUUACUUAAUCAUGAUUUUGCUGUAUUUGUAUAUAAAUAAAUAGAAUUCAAAUAUUGCUAAAUAUAUAGCAUUUCUUUUAUGUGUCUGUUUGCUGUAUAUAUUGUCACAUAUAAAUUUAAUAGGUUAAGUUUCUUCAAGUUUAAUAAAUACUAUCACAUGUCGCAACUAAUUUAUCUUAACAUAUCUAAGGAAAAGAAUGGUUAUUUUAAAACGCGAAGUUAAUGAAGAAAUAACGAUGGAUAAAAUUAGUGCAUCAGAAAAAAAACGAGUAGAAUCAUUAAAACAUAAGAAGCAAAUUUUCAGAGCUAAAGAAUUGGCAGUGCAAAAUGCACUAAAGAAUUUGGAUAAUAAUUCAAAUAAAAAUAAAAUAAUAUUUGAUGAUAAUGAUUAUAUCAAUAAAAUAGAACAACCUAAAAUCGAAGAAAAAGGAAAGAAAAGAAGACUUGAUUUGUUUGAUGAUGAUGACUAUGAUAAAAAUGAUGAUGAGUCGCUUUGGGAUGAUAGUAAAUUUGAAAUUAACAAACAUUCUACAGGGGAGUUUCUUAGAAGUAAUGUUAUUUUGGGGAAUGAUGAACGGUUUAAACUUGACAAGCGUUUCAUAGAGAAUGAUAGAGAAUCGGAUAAAGAUAUUACUAAAGACACAAAAAGUGAUGAUGAAAUUGAUUUACAAAAAGAAAAGGAAUUACAAUUAGAUAUUUUAGAAAAUAUUCUAGGAGUUCCAAUUAGUUCAAAGAAUAAAGAUACAAAUAAGGAUGUAAAAUUCCCAAAGAAAGGAAUGAUUAGAUAUGAUCCUACAGAAAAUGGUCAUAAAGAAUAUGAAAUUAAUAUAGAAAAAUCUGAAACAGAAACCAAAAAGGUUAAGAAGAAGAAAAAUAAGAAUAAUACAGAUAACUUGAUUGAAAAUGCACCUGUGGAAGUGUCGAAAGAUAUAUAUUUUUCUGUAUCAGACUCACUAUUAAAAAGCUUGAAAGAAGAAGAGCCAUUCAGUUUAUUAAAAACAUUUGGGAAAGAAACAACUGAUGAAAAAUAUGAUAGUAGUAAUAUUUUAAAUAUGGAACCAUUGAAGCCUCCAAAGAUUCAAUUAGGUUUUGGCUCAAAGAAUCCAUUUAAAUACGAUUCUUCUGAUGAAGAACAUGAUAGUAAGGAAGAAUAUACAAAUAAAAAAGAACAUACGAAUAAUGUGAUAGUAGACACAAAUAAGUUUUUCUUUGAUAGUGAUGAUGUUCGGUUUAGUGAGGCAGAAAAUUUUUUUUCGAAAGAACACGUGUCAGAAGAUAUGUUUAAAGAGCUUAGACAAGAAGUAAAACAAAUUGUGCGUUCGAAAAUUCGAAAAAAUAUGAGAAAGAAGCAACCUUGGGGAUACAAAAAAAAAGUUAAAAAAUCAUCUUGAAAUAUCUUUUAUUAAUCUUUUAAACAUAUAAACGAAAAUGUUAAGUUCAUACAGUUGCUUUCAAAUGAAAGAAAUGAAACUUGCUAAGAAAAUGUAUCAUAUUGUGAAACAUUGUAUAAAACAUAUCUCCUGUACCAUAUAAAAUAUAAAAUAUCACACCUUUUUAA